AUGACCGAAAGUGUUCAGAAACCCAGGACUUUAUAUGAGAAGGUUCUGGAAAGUCAUAUCGUUGACGAGAAGGAAGAUGGGACAGUAUUGAUCUAUAUUGAUCGACAUUUGAUCCAUGAGGUUACUUCGCCACAAGCUUUUGACGGACUGAGAAGUGCUGGCCGCCAAGUUCGGCGGCCAGACUGUACUCUUGCCACGGUCGACCACAACAUUCCAACCGCAUCGCGCAAGAAUUUCAAGAGCGUGCAAAGUUUUGUUAAGGACAAGAAUUCCCGUAUCCAAUGCGAAACUCUACAAGCCAAUGUGGAAGAGUUCGGUGUGCCCUACUUCGGCUUCGACGAUAGUCGACAAGGCAUCGUCCACGUUAUUGGUCCGGAACAAGGAUUUACGCUUCCAGGAGCAACUAUUGUCUGUGGCGACAGUCACACUUCAACUCAUGGCGCCUUUGGGGCCCUUGCCUUCGGCAUCGGCACGAGUGAGGUUGAGCACGUCUUGGCCACUCAGACUCUCUGGACGAAGCGCAGUCUAAAUCUAUCUAUUGACGUCCAAGGGACCCUUCAUACCGGCGUCACUAGUAAGGAUUUAAUCCUCUAUAUUAUUGGCACUAUCGGCACGGCUAGAGGUACUGGCUACGUAAUUGAAUUUACAGGGCCAGUCAUCCAAGGUCUUAGCAUGGAGGCACGUAUGUCCUUAUGCAAUAUGUCGAUCGAGGCUGGUGCCCGCGCCGGUAUGAUAGCGCCAGACGAAGUUACAUUUGAAUAUCUCCAGGGUCGCCCACUUAGCCCUAAAUAUAGAGGGGCCGAAUGGAAGAAAGCCAUAAGCUCGUGGUCCGCUCUUUACUCGGACAAGGGAGCCAAGUAUGACCUGGCCGUUCAAAUUGAUGCCCGAGAAAUCAUACCGACAGUCUCGUGGGGAUCUUCUCCACAGGACGUUCUCCCUAUCACAGGAGUCGUUCCUUCCCCGGACGAUUUUGCUUCGGACGAAGACCGCAAGAAGAGCUGUAUCCGGGCUUUAAACUACAUGGGUCUCACUCCUGGAACUCCUCUCCGGGAUAUUCAAGUGGACAAGACCUUUAUUGGUUCGUGUACUAACUCUCGGAUCGAGGACUUAAGGGAGGCGGCACAGAUUGUAUCGAAUCGAAAAGUCAGCCCUCACAUUCGACGCGCGAUAGUGGUUCCAGGCUCCGGCUUAGUCAAGAAGCAAGCAGAAGCUGAGGGCCUAGAUCAGGUGUUUCUAGCUGCCGGAUUUGAAUGGACGGAGGCGGGAUGCUCGAUGUGUUGCGGCAUGAAUCCCGAUGUCGUUCUUCCUCAAGAGCGCGUUGCAAGCUCUUCAAAUCGCAAUUUUGAAGGACGCCAAGGAGACUUAGCUCGUACACAUCUGAUGUCUGCUCCUAUGGUAGCUGCUGCUGCUAUAGCUGGCAAGCUCGUGGAUACGAAAGCUGUCAUCAACAUCCAGCCCGAAGAACAAGAUGAUAUCGGCAGUUGGGAUCGCGAUCUGGAUAACAGUGAAGAGCCUGUUGCCGAAAGACCUCAAGGAGAUAUUGACAGCCAUACAACGCGCCAGUCCGGCGGACUGCCGAAAUUCACGACUUGGAAAGGGAUUGCAGCUCAUAUGAGUCGGGCCAACGUUGAUACGGAUGUAAUUAUCCCCACGGAAUUUUGCAAGACGGUCAAAAAGGUGGGUUUGGGUGUUAAUGCUUUCUACCCCCUCCGGUAUAAUCCCAGAGAUGGCAGCGAACGCGCAGAAUUCGUCCUGAAUCAAGGUAUCUAUCGAGAAUCCAAGAUCCUAGUGGUCACGGGACCUAAUUUUGGAUGUGGAAAUUCUCGAGAACAUGCACCUUGGGCGCUCAAUGAUUUCGGUAUCAGAUGUAUAAUUGCCCCUUCCUUUGCAAAUAUUUUCUACAGCAACGCAUUUAAGAACGGCAUGCUUCCCAUCACCGUCCAGAAUGCGACUGUUAUGGAAGAACUUGCUGCCGAGGCUCGGGCAGGCCAUGAACUUGAAGUUGACCUUGUCCAUCAGAAUAUAAAAUCAGAGUUGGGGGUUGUACUGGCGCAGUUCGAGGUUGAUUCUUUCAGGAAACAUUGUCUAGUGAACGGAAUCGAUGAGAUCUCCUUGACUCUGCUAGCAGAAGACAAAAUUCGGCAUUUUGAAGCUCUGCGGACUGCAAACACGCCGUGGCUGGACGGUCGAGCAUUCAUGAAGCAGAAACACCGACUCAAAAGGAAUCUUGAGGCGACACCAGUGCCGGGUGUAGACUUUGCGCCUAAAAAGGGGGGGGCAGAAUGGUGA